AUGGCUAUCGCUUUGACUGGAAACGACAAGUUCGAUAUUGAGGCUGGCGUCUAUACGCCCCUUAAAUUUGACUCUGAAAAGCGCUCCAAGAGAAACGUUCUUCACCACCUUCUAGGCUUCGUGCUCGCAGCCGUGGGUCUCUACACCUUGACCACCAAUACUGCUGCUCAAAAUGUCAUUCCUAGCAUUUUUGCUGUGUUUGCCCCAGCUCCUGUGGUGCUUCCCGUGGAGGUUUUUGAAAUUGCUCCUCCAUUAACCGUUCCUGCUUCUGCUUACGUCUCCUCGUACCUUCUCUUCAACGACUCGGCAGUGGUUGAUGGAUUGAAGACCAAGUAUGUUGCACCUAAGGUGUUCAACUUCACCCAAGGCUUCUUGACUUUAAACUUCUCUGUUCCUGCUUCUGCAGCCCCUGUUUCUGCUCCAGUGGUUGAGCUCUCUGUGGAUGGAACCCCAGUGUGGAGAUCUUCCACUCCAUACGCUAAGGUUGAUGCUGAUGUCUACACCUCCACCACUAAGAACGUCACCGAAUUGUUGAGCUUGUUCGAGUCUAGCUCCAAGGUUGUUUUCUCUGUUUUGGAGGAGGGUGAUGCCCCUGUUUCCGCCUCUUUGGAGUUGGUUUUGUUCAAUGAUACUUCGGCCGCACCAGCUAAGAGGGCUGGUACUGUGGCUGUUGCUUCUUACUUCGCUUCAGAGGGUCCUGCUUCCUUGGCUGCUGCUUCUUACUUCGCUUCAGAGGGUCCUGCUUCCUUGGUUGUUCCUCUCCAGAAGAAGGCUAUCGAGCUUCCAGCUAGCGAAUUUUCUGUUUCCUUGCCUCAGCUCAACUCGAAUGUUACCUCCGCUAAGAUAUCUCUCUUUGCUUCGGCCUCUAAGGACGAAGUUGAAUUCUACAAGAACGACAUUGCUGCAUUGGGCGUUCCUGUCACUGCCAACGGUCCAGUUCGUCAGCUCAACGUUUUCGUGGCUGGUGUUUAUGUUGGUACCGUGUCUCCUAAACCAACCUUGUUCCACGCCGACAAGCUCACCACCGACGCUGGCAAGUUAUGGAGUCCUCUUGCUGACUCCGGAUCCUUUACCGGUUUUACUUACGAUAUCGACCUUGUGGCUGUGUUGCCUUUGCUUUGGGAAGGUCCUCAGACUCUUGACAUUGCAUUGGUUUCUCCAGUGGACGCUGCUAACGGCCCUGUUCCAGCCGUGGCACACCCAGUCAGUGCCACUACCAAUCUCUUGGCUGGCUCUUGGUUUGUAUCUGGAAGCUUGCUUGCUUGGGAGAACCCAUUGGUGUCUUUCUCAGUUGGAGAGGUUGUGUUGACCAAUUCGUCUCAGUUGGACUCAGGCGUCUCCAUUGCUCCUCCAGCUGUUUCUCCAUGGCAACCAAAGCUCAGCAACACAAUUGUCAGAUCUACCAUCAAGUCGACCAUCGAGUCUUUGUUCAACUUCACCUUGAUUGACAACACCACUGCCAGCUAUGCUGUUGUGGCUAAUUCAUCUGCUGCCUUGGUCCUUACCAAGCAGAGGAAGGAGAGCAAGAUCCCAGUUGGUCCACCAGGUGGCCCUGAGAAGACUGAGGACACUACCAGUGCUUUCUACAUUGGCACCAACAAAUUCAAGUUAGACGUUCAAGAUCCACUCACCAACUUGACCCUCUACUCUAAGUCUGUCAAGUCUGCUUACCCACUCACCAUCAGUGACUCCAUCAAGAACUCUCCAAUAACAGGACCAUCUUCCUCCUUCUCUGCCAAGAUCGGUAUCGACAUUAAGACCAAAAUUAAUGCCGCUGCUGGUCCAAAGCUCAAGAUUGACGAGCUGGUGAAGUUGGACGAUAUCACUGGUGCCACCACCGAUGUGAAGGUAAUGAUUUCUGAGCCAGGCUCGUUGCCAUUCUCCAGAGAAGUUGAGGUGGUGAACGGUACUAUUGUUAAGGAUCUCUCCUUUCCACUCGUGAAGACCGAUGAAUUCACUUUGGUUGGAGAACUUGUGGGAUAUUUUUAG